GGUGAUCAAUGUGAUCAAUGUAAACCGGGAACUUUCGGUUUAAAUAUUGAUUAUUCAUUGGGAUGUUAUACAUGUUUUUGUUUUCCAACUGGUUUAUCAUCACGAUGUAGUCAAUUGACAGGUUAUCGUUCUGUUCCAGGAAAAGUUAAUGGAGUUGAA